GAACAAAAAGAUGUGGAUGCUGCGAGCGACCUGCUACAAGACUACAUCACCAAGGGAGUGGCGAACAAUUUCUCUGCCUUGGUCAUCAACAUGGGCGAUUCUUCGUUCAACAGCUGGCCCGAGAACACGGACAUAUGGAUGAAUUCAAUGGACGACACUAAGCAGAUUGCUGAUUACGUUAGUCGUUUUGUUUGUGCUUCCCCUCCUAAGCCUAUUCCUGUGGAGAACAUCAACAGUGGAUGCGAAUGCGUUCCAAAAACUAUAUGGUUAGACGUCUUCCUCCUCAUGGAAGCCGGCAUGUCCAUGACUUCUUAUGGGAUCGCCUCGGCAACUGACUUCGUAGUGUCAGCUUUUACGAAACUAACAGUGGGUCAGGCAGAACAAUUCCAAACUCGGUUAGGAGUCAUUCGCUAUGCUAGCAGUGUUGACCUGGUAGCCGACCUUGAUGCUUACAAAUCAACGGCUGACUUGCUUGACUUGGAUAUUUCACCACUAAACGAAACGGAUACAAACCUUGAAGGGUACGUGAAAUACUUCCAUAAAAGUAGGAUUCAGAAAGUAUGUAUUAGGUUGUGGACCAAUUCCUUACCAUAUGAUAUAUAUAUAUGUAUGUAUAUACAGUAG